AUGUCCGAGACGAAUGACGACUCGCUUACCUUCGAUUUGGGCAACGAUGAUCCUGCCAUUCUUAAUGAGGACGAACUGCUGCUGUCCGACGAUGAGAACGGCAUCAAACUCGACCAACCGGAUGAGGAUUUUCUUCUUGAAGACACGGACGAUUGGGUUAGCAAAGAGUUAGCGUCGAAGGAAAGUGAACCGGCGGGCAGCAGCAGUAUUGUGGUGGAGGAUGUGCGCAAGAUUGAUGACAGUCCGACGCAAAGUGUAUCCGCCAACAGUCGAACGUUCGGAUUGCAAAGUGAAUCUAGCAACCAGUGCGAUGAGAGUAGCACCGCUCAUAAUGCCGGUUACCAUGAUUCAAGCCCGCCGGUGCCGCAAGCGGACGUUGAACCACCUAUCGAAAUAAACCGAACAAGGGAAAGUGACAGUAGUGCCGCCAAUGCGACGGAUGAAAUCAAACUGUCCGCUAGAAUCGAUGAGAUCGAAGUGAGUGUUGAAACAACGUCACCCACCACCACGGGAGACGAUGCAGCUGUGGUUGGAUUUGAUGAGCCUCAUCCCGUUCAUGAUUUGAUCCCGGUCGAAUCGAAAGAAUCUUUACGCUCGACAUCAUCUUCGGGGCUGGAUGAUAGAUCGACGGUGGCCUCAUCGGAGUACAGUACGUCUGUUCAAACGCUAUCGGAAGCGUCCCCGCAGUCUAGCAGAACACGCCUAACAGAAAAGACAACCGCCAGUGAACAGUGUGAUACGACAUCUUCCGAGGAGGUGUUGUACCUUUACACCAAUAUCCAAGAACCUGACGGUUCGUACGAUACGGAUGAACUGAGUGAAAAGCGUGGCUGGAAAAAUGAAAUGAAAAAUGAUACGCGACAUCCGAUGCACGCUCAGCAUCUUCAUCAACAGCAACACCAUGGUCCUUCGGGUACGGUUGGAAACCGACCACAGGCAGGUUAUGGGAAACCCGGCAUGAAGCAUCCGCUGCUACCUCCCCAACAGCUCAUGCAACAUGGUUCCGGACUGGUUGCACCGAAUAUACUCGGUCCACAUCGGCCAAACAAUUUCGGUGGAAUGCAUCCAGGUGCCCGGAUGGAUUUUCGACCAGGUAACCGCCAGCGCUACCCAUUGCGACCCGGUUUCGGGCCUGAAAUGAUGAACCCAUUCCGGGGCAUGGGCCGAAUGAACUUUCCCCCCGGACCGCUGCCGCCCGGUAUGCAUCCCGGUGUGUUGAUGCAGGGCGGCGGACCCGGUGGCCCAAUGCCACCAAUGCGAGGCUUUCCUUCCCGCGGACAUCCGUACGAAAUGGGACGACACAUGGCGCCACGUUUGAUACGUCCGAUGGGCGGUGCAAAUGGGCCACAAAUGUUUCGCAAUGCUGGUCCAUCGAGCGGCCCAGGAGGGACAGUGAAAGGUUCGGCAAUUGGCACGCAGCAGGGACCGUUCGGGCCAUCGGUAUCGCAAGGAACGCAGGGACAGGUCGGUAAUCCGGGGACUGGCAUCAAUGCAGCACCACCACAGUCGCUUCUCUCCGGAACAUUUGACCCUAUGACGGUAGGGGGUGGAAGUGGUGCAACGGGUGGUGUUGUUAGUGGUGCAAGUGGUAGUGUUAUAACCGGUGGAGCCGUCGCUAAUGUCAUUCAACCAGCACCCGCACCAGUUCCCGGAUUUCCACAGAAAGUGCUGAUCAAUCCUAAUUUUAAAGGUGGUGUUGAGGCGGUCAAGAAUCAGUUAAUGCGUGAUGCAGCGCUCAGUUCGCAGCAGUUUGUGGCCGGCGUUAGUGCCCGGCACGUGAGUGACGCGGAGCUGUUGCGCCAGCAGGAGGAGUUCAUCAAUAAAAACCGCAUCGAGGUGGAAAAGCGGCGACACGAACGUUCACCAUCCCGGGAGCGGGAACGCGACCGUGAACGGGACCGUGAUCGCGAUCGUGCCAGAUCCCGGGACCGGGAACGUUCACGCGACCGUGAACGGGAACACCGGGAACGUGAGCGAGACCGGGACCGUGAACCGCUGCGUGGCCGUUCGCGCGAACGUUCGAGAGACCGGGAUCGAGAGAUGCGGCCGCGAUCGAGGGACCGGGACCGCGAGCGGGAAUACUCACCACGCAGGUAUCAUCGAGGUGGCAGCCGAGAUCGGGAUCUGAACCGGACCGGUCGGAGAAAUUUCGGGCGGAGUCGAAACGCUAGCCGGGAGCGAGACGACGACAGUCGAUUCCCGAAGCGGCGAAAGAGUAGCGACUACGGAGAAAACCGUGGGCACUACGAGCGAAAUGACGAUGAUGAAGAUCCCGAAACGAGGGCUUAUCGGAUGGAAAUUGAAAAGCAAAAGGCUACCCGUGAAAAAAUGUUACGCGAAAAAGAGAUGCGUCGAAAGCGGGCCGCAGAGGAGAAGCUUAAAUCACGAUCAAAUGACACAAAACCUCAGGAGAACACUCCACCCAAGCUGACACCUUUGGUCGUGACGGAGAAAAAAAUUAUUACUCUGAAAAAGAAAUCGGAACCGAUCGCAACGGAACCGACGCGCCGUUCUCCGGUCGAGCGCACAGGCACCAACGCCCGAACGGUGAUCGAUCCGCAGGAUCGCACCCGAACGCGGCUUGAUAACGAACCGCACUCGAGCGAUGGCGGUAUCGAACGGCAGCGCCACAACAGUGAAAUGAACUCGGAAGCAAUCGAGCUGGAUCUGCUCGAAGAGUUGCUGCUCCGUGAACCGACCCCGGAACCGAUGCCAUCGAAACCGAGAGUAACGACCGGCAGCAGUCAGGUGUCGACGACGAGUGGUACGGCGAUGGUUACCACCUCCACGAAAUCUGCCGACAGUGUCGCGGUGAAGGGUAGCCGGGAACGGAACAGCGCAGCAACGAUCAACAACACUGGAGGGGGAGCAGGAGGAACAACGGUGGGCGGUGGUGGUAGCAGCCGACGAAUCGUUUUAAUGAAGCAGAACAGCGAGCGCAAGGACAGGACGGAUGGCGGUGGGUUGACGGCUGGGCAGCACCAUACAACGGCGACCAGCAGCCUCAACAAUCGGAAGCCACGCAUCUUCGACCGGCUGGACAAGCGGAUCGGCGUGAAUGAGGCUGACAAACGUAAAAUUCAGAGGUUAGUCAAGGAUAAUUAA